CAGUAAAAAAAAUAAUGUUCAAUUUCGGAUGUUGCAAGGUUGAGUAAAAAUUACAAUCUACACUUUACAGUUUCGAGUGUUUCAUUUCAUUUAAUUAUAUUCCUCAGUGCGUUAAAUUUAUAUGAUUUUUUCACAUUAAGAUGUCUUCGUUACCAUUAAUCCUACGAGCUGGCCGCAUUCUUCUGGUGGAUAACAGUGUACUGAACGUAAAAACCACUUCGAUAACCAGGUAUCCUACUUAUUCGAGUUUCCGAAGUAUAUGGAGUUCGUUGACUCGUCGUAAAGAAGCACAAGCAGAAUCACAGAACGAUUCAUCGGCACAAGCUGCAGAAUCCGAUAGUCCUGCUAAAAAAGAAGUCGACGACUUGCUCAAAGCUUUACAAGAAAUGCAACAGAAUCGUGAUGAAAUCAAUGAUAAAUACCGACGGGCUUUAGCCGAGAAUGAAAAUAUUCGUAAACGAUUCCAGAAACAAGUCGAGGAAGCUAAAUUAUUCGGUAUCCAAGGUUUCUGUAAAGAUUUACUAGAGGUAGCCGAUGUUUUAAAUAAAGCCACCGAAUGUGUACCUAAGGAAGAAGUAACCGAUAAUAAUCCGCAUUUAAAGAACCUCUACGAAGGACUAACGAUGACAGAAACGAUUUUGAAAAGUGUUUUCACUCGACAUGGUCUAGAAGUGGUCAACCCACUCGAUGAAAAAUUCAAUCCUAAUUACCACGAAGCCCUAUUCGAACAAGAAGUCGAAGGUAAACCAGCCGGAACCGUUGUGGUAGUCUCAAAAACCGGAUACAAAUUGCACGAGAGAGUGAUACGACCUGCCUUGGUUGGAGUGUCGAAGUGAAAAUUUACGUUGGCAACUUGAGGAACGUUCCCUACCUAGUUAAUAUUCCAGGAUUUUUUAUUCUAAGGAUUACGUAAAAUGUGUACAAAUGUUGGAUGGUUUUAUGUUACGUAAUGCUGGAACAUACAUAUUCGAGUUUUUUAGUGGUCGUAUUUAUUUUGAAUGAUUUUUAUGCCUUUUGUGUCUCAAGAAAACUUAUCAAUUACCAGAAUAAAUUAUUUUGAAGAAA